UCUGCUCUGGGGACCGAGAGGUGUGUGCUCGGCCCCGCUCUCGGCCUUCCUCCCUCCCGGCGACCUCCUCCGGUGCGGUUCACACCCUUCCUCCCACCCCGCUGCAAACAUGUUCGUUCCCUGCGGGGAGUCGGUGCCCGACUUCACGGGCUUCACCCUCUUGAUGCCAGCUGUGUCUGUUGGGAAUGUUGGCCAGCUUGCAAUGGAUCUGAUUAUUUCUACACUGAACAUGUCUAAGAUUGGUUACUUCUAUACAGAUUGUCUGGUGCCAAUGGUUGGAAACAAUCCAUAUGCAACUGCAGAAGAAGAUUCAACAGAACUCACUAUCAAUGCUGAAGUAUAUUCACUACCUUCAAGAAAGCUAGUGGCUCUUCAGUUAAGAUCUGUUUUUAUUAAGUACAAAAGCAAACCAUUCUGUGAAAAACUGCUUUCCUGGGUGAAAAGUAGUAGUUGUGCCAGGGUUAUUGUUCUCUCAAGCAGCCAUUCAUCACACCGUAAUGAUCUACAGCUUCGCAGUACUCCCUUCCGAUACCUGCUGACACCUUCUAUGCAAAAGAGUGUUGUAACUAAAAUAAAGAGCCUUAACUGGGAAGAAAUGGAAAAAAGCCCAUGCAUUCCUCAAAUGAAUGAUUCUGAGUUAUGUAUUCGUAUUCCAGGAGGAGGUAUCACAAAAGCGCUCUAUGAUGAAAGCUGUUCUAAAGAAAUCCAAAUGGCAAUUCUGCUGAAAUUUGUUUCAGAAGGGGAUAAUAUCCCGGAUGCAUUAGGUCUUGUCGGGUACCUAAAUGAAUGGCUUCAGAUCAUCAAACCACGUAAUGACGGUCCUGCUGCCCCUGCUUUGCCGUGGAAACUCCCCAGCUCCUGGAAGCUGCUCUUUGGCAGUGCUCUUCCCCCUGCACUUUUUUGAUCUUUUGCACCUUUUGUCCAAGAAAGUAUUAGGAAAUCUUCACAGAAAAUCUCAAAGACAAAGGAGUAAGCAAAAGGGUUAUGCUAGCUUUUCAUCACAUACAACAAAUGUAAAUUUUGUACAAUAAAAUUGUAUUUCAUAA